AUGCAAUUCCAGCUGAACCAGACACUGCUAGAACAGCCCCCGAGCCCCGCCCCUCACAGCACGAACUCUCCGGGCCGCUCAGCAGCUCCUCUGCCCGGCUCCGGACACGCUCCAGCGCCGUUGCCCGCCCCUCCCGGCCCGAGCCCCUCCGUGCCGCCCGCGGGCCCGGCUGAGGGCACCGGGCGGGCCCCGCGCCCCGGCCCUCACGGAGGGGCCCGGCGGUGCCUGCCGGCCUCACGCUGCCCCAGCCCGGGCACGGCCCCGCCGGCUCCCGCGCCCCAGCGGCCCCAGCCCGUACCUGUACCCGUACAAGGAGCUCCGACAGCCCCGCUCCGCCAGCAGCUCCGCCGCUCUCUGGGACUUGUAGUGCGGCGCGGCCCCGCCCGGGUCCGCGGGCGCCCCCCGCGCCGGAGCGCCGCGGCCCCGACGGGCCCUUCCGCGGUGCCGGGCCCCGGCCCCCCUCAGGGGCGGCUCCCCGGGCUCCCCGCCCCGCCGGGCCCGGCCCCGGCCCACACCGAGAGGGCCACGCUCGAUGCCGACGCUCGGUGGCACCGGCGGCGCGUGCCGGCGGCGGCGCCCGCCUCGGGACUACAACUCCCACAGUGCCCCGCGGCGGCCGCGGCACCGCCUCGGGACUACAACUCCCAUAGUGCCCCGCGGCGGCGGCGGCAGUUCCGGGCGGCGGCGGCGGCGGCAGCGCCUCGGCGCCGCGCCCGGUGUGCGGUGGUGCGGAGCAUGGGCCCCGAGCGCGUCUGUCCGCGGGAGCCCGGGCCGCCGGAGGGCCCUGACGGCGCGGCGGGGUGGAGCGGCGAUGAGGAGGAGGAGGAGGAGGAGGAGGAAGGCGGCGGGUACUUGUAUCAGCCGCUGAGCCAGGAACCGGAGCAGGGCCCCGGCGAGGCGGGCCCCGGCCUGCAGGAGCGGCUGCAGAUGCUGCGGCUGCACCUGCCCGACCCGCCGGUGGACAGCGAGGAGGAGAGCGAGGAGGAGGCGGCGGACGGCGCCACGGCUGCGAGCAGCCGCAGCUCCAUCCCCAUGGACGCAGAGCACGUGGAGCUGGUGAAGAGGACCAUGGCCGGCGUGAAGCUGCCCACGCUGGGCAUCCCUGCCUGGGCCAGCCAGAUCUCGGAGGAGCAGUGGAAGGACGUGGUGCAGCGCACGCUGCAAGCGCGGCAGAGCCUCGGCGGGCCCCGGCCGCAGUGGGAUUGAGCGCGGAGCUGCGAGCCACGGCCCUCCCUCCGCCCUGCAAGCGCCCACCGCCUCCGAGGCGGGCGCUGACAGGACUUGCCAGUAUCAACCUUCCCCUUUGUCCCACUGCCAUUGUCUGAUUGUCCUUCCCGCUCCUUUUUCUUGGUUCUGGCUGGUGCCUCAGUCCAUGUGAUGAGCGUGUGGUGGAUCUGAGGAGGCAGAUUGGUUCCGUGCCUGGAUGGAUACGGGGCGAGGGGGCUGGCUCUGCCCACAUCCCCUCAGCACAAACACUGGACUCGGCCCCGUGCUGGCAGUACCCACGAGUCACUCUCCAGGCUAGGGCCCCUCCUCUCAGGAUAGGGUCUGGGUGUUGGAAUAUCACCAAUGGAGCAAGAUGUGUCAUUCCAAGAGAUUGGUUUUAUUUAGUUCUGUACAUACAGGGACAUCUGUACAAAAUCCAACACUUUCAUACUAUUAUGUAAUGCUCUACUGAAAAUAAAGUACACCAUAUGUACAUAUGAACUGUAA